CCGCUUAAAGGCGCCGGGAAUCCCCGCUCCGCAGCAAGCACCUGCCGGCGCUUGGAGAUCGUCUGGUCCAACUCCAUCAUUUGACGGAUGGGGAGACGAGAGACGCAGGGCAUACGGAAUACUGACUUUGGAGUGAGGGGGCUUGAAAUCAAAUCCUUGCUCUACCUGCCUCCCCGGUGAGGCAAGCUCCUCCCCUUGUCUGGGACUCAGUUUCCUCAUUUGUAAAAAGCGUUGAACUGUGCGUCUCUGUUGAGGUCUCUAUGGCCUUUGGGAUCCUGGCGGGUCAUGUGUCCUUCCCCUUGCCAGGUUUCCCCGUCUGGAAAAGGAGGAGGUGGUCCAGAAAGUCCCUAAAGCCCCUUCUUCCAGCUCUAAAUCCGAUUACCAAGCAACUAGCAAGGCCCUGGAGGCCAGGCAGGGCUGGGAGGAGAAGGGAACAGAAGGCUGUGUCCUGGGGAGGAUGAAUGAGCGGAGUGCCCAGCUAGGGAGCCUGAGCUGUCCUUCAAGGACCUGCCGCAUGCUCAAAGCGCACCCCAAUGCCUUCAUUUUACAGAUGAGGAAACUGAGGCCCAGAGAGAGUUCUCUCCUGUCUCCAGAUCUGUCCCCGAUUCCCGUCUGAUUUCAUAGCGCUUAUGUUCUAAUGCAUCUCCUCAGAUGCGCCCAUCCAGGUGUGUCUCAUGCUGGACAGUAAACUUCUUGAGGGGCUCCUCCUUGAAGCCAGCAUCUUGGGUACCUUUCUCUCUGUACCCAGUACAGCGCCCUAUUAAAAACAUAUUCGUUGACUGAACGAUGGGUUUGGGAGACUUCCCUGGACCUAGAGCCCACAGCCUCCGAUUCUGGGUAGCUGGGGAGGCCUAUUCAGCCUCAUCAGAACUUCAGUCCCUUAGAAGGCAGCAGCAGAAGCGUUAACCUGAGCUGGGCAAGCCAGGGGCCACUGGGAGAUGUAGUUCUCCUGAGGCUGCCGGGAAAUGAAGUCAGCCUUCGACCUGCAGUCCCCCUCCCUUCUGCACAGUCUUCGGUGACAUCAUAGUCUCAGGAUUAAAGGGCCAGAUUGGAAUGGCAGGGUGGAUGACUAACCCCGCCCAGGGCCGGACUCAGCUCCCCUCCCUGGGAGGAAAUGAAUUGAUGGGGAUCUCCACCUGGGGGCCAACAGAAAGGGAGAAAGAGGGGUGCUUAUUACAAAAACAAACAAAACACUAGUAGAAGGGAAGGAGGCUGCUAGCUAGCCAUGGGUUUCCCUCCUCAAGUACUGGCCUCCUUCCCAGCAUCCCACCCCCAAAGGCCCUUUUCCUUCCUCUGCAUCCAGAGUCCUCCAGCCUGUGCCCCCAGAGCCAAGCAUCCCCCCAUUCCCAAGCCCUUUCCCCUAGACUUCGUCACACCUUAUAUUCAGACUCUCCAUCCUCUGUUUCUGGCCCCUCUCCUUCCAUGCCCCACACCCCGAAUACCAACAUCUUGUGAGCUUUGCCCUGCUGACCUUUCAGCACAUCAUGCUCCAGCACCUCUCGGUUGAGUGAACUGGACAUUGCUCCCCCUAAGUUGCAGUGUGGUCAGUUCCAAGGAGGGUGGCUUGUGGGCUGCAGGAGCAUGGGCACAGGCAGGGGCCUGAGAGAGGAAGGGGAGCCAGGGAGGAAGGCAAAGGGUCUGGGGGGCCUGCUGGAGCGCGUGGGAGGAUGGGGGUGCUUCCAGAUGGUCCACGUGGCCAUCGUGUGUGUGUCUUUUGCCUUUGUGAGCACCCACAGUUUUCUGCAGAACUUCACAGCCUCCAUUCCCGACCACCACUGCAGGAGCCCUGGCAACCUCUGGCCAGUGGACGCCCAGGGGCGGCCGGAGAGGUGCCUUCGUUUCCGAGGCAAUGCUACCAAUGAGACGGAGACCUGUGUGGAGGGCUGGGUGUACAACCUCACCACCAUUCAGAGCACCAUCGUUACUGAGUGGGAUCUGGUCUGCAGCCUGAAAAGCCUCCAAGGGCUGGCCCAGUCCGUUUACUUGGCAGGAGUGCUCCUGGGCGCCAUUGUGUUUGGGGGGCUGGCUGAUAGGCUGGGCCGCCGGGCCAUAUUCCUCUGGUGCCUCUUCCAGACGGCUGCUCUGAACACAGGGGCAGCCCUGGCUCCCUCCUUCUCCAUCUACUGUGUCUGCCGCUGUCUGACCGGCUCUGGCAUGUCCGGGCUGGUGCUCAAUGGAAUGGGACUCGUUCUGGAGUGGACGACACCCUCUCACCGAGCAGUGGUGUCUGGCUUCCUUUCCUUUGUGCUCAGCCUGGGGCAGCUGAAUCUGGCCAUUCUAGCCUUUGGCCUCCAGCACUGGAGGCAUCUGCAGCUGGCCGCUGGGGCACCCUAUGCCCUCUGCUUCCUCUGUAGUUGGUGGCUCCCAGAAUCUGUCCGGUGGCUGAUGGUGAGGCGGCGCUUUUCUGGGGCCCUGCGGGCCUUGAAGCUGGUGUCAUGGAUCAAUAGGGUUCCGGCAGCCAGGGCCCAGCUCUCCCUGGAGAUGCUGGAAUCAGAGUAUUCCCAGGAAGAGCUAGGAGGAACUCCAGGGUCCUCUGUCCUGGACCUGUUUCGAUCCCGGGAGAUGCUGGCCAUAUUGGCUUGUAUCAUGGGCAUUUGGUUCUCUGCCACCUUUGCCUUCUACUCCCUGGCCCUGGAUCUGCAGCGCUUCCCUGGGGAAGAUCCCUACUUGGUUCAGAUUGUCCUGGGGAGCAUAGAUCUGCCCUUUCGCCUCCUGGUGCCCAAGCUGGCCAACCGUCUGGGGCGCAAGCUCACCUUGUCCUCCUGCAUGAUACUCGGAGCGGGAUUCCUUCUGGGGGCCAUCCCAGUGCCCCAUGGUGGGUACAGAGCUGGGCCGCCUUCGGAUGGGGCUGAGUGUGCUGUCCAAGGGCUUCAUGUCAGCCUCCACCAGCUGCAACAUCCUCGUGGUCUCCGAGGUCUUCCCGACCUCCCUCCGGAUGACUGGGAUGGGGGCCAGCAACAUGGUGGGACACCUGGGAGGUGUGAUGGCCCCACUGGUCCUGCUGGCGAGCCCGACGUUCCCCCUCUUGCCGCCCAUACUCUUCGGUACCACCGUUCUGGCGGCCAGCAUCCUGGUUGUCUUCCUGCCAGAGACAAGGGGUCUGCCCUUGCCUGACACCUUGGAGCAAGCCCAGAGCCGGGUCCAUAGAUGCUGGAGCAGACUGCUGAGAAGGCCACGGCAGGGGGCCCUGCCCCUCCAGACCAAGCUCUGACAUCCUUGGGCUCUGCGCAGGGAGAGGACAGAGGCUCCAUCGAGGCAGAAGGGGAAGACCUGCGUUGAAACCAUGGCCUGGCCACGUCCUCUCUCUACAGGCCCUGGCUGACCUCAAAAUUGCCCUGUUCUAGGGCCUUCCUUCUCCCCUACUCUAGGUCUCUUCAGGGAGUUUGCAAGUGGACUUCUCCCAACUGGGGUCAAGCCUGAGUAAUGCCCCUUCUUACACAUUUAUUCAUUCAUUAACUCAAAAGCUCCAUCCUAGUUACAAAGGGCUGUGGUUAAAUAUGAGAAACA